AUGUCAAAUGAAACUGAUGAUUACCGCCAGUUAGCCAAGGUUUGCAUGAACGAGCGCUACUGGCCCUACUACGUGGCCUCCAUUCUUGCCUCGUUCUUCGGUGGCCUAAUCUUCAUUCUCACGUACCGCGCUUUCCGCAAAAUUAUCGCCUGCUUGUCGAAGCAGCGCCAAAUCGCCCGCGUCAACCAAGGGGACUGGCAUCCAAGGAGUUCCAACGUCUUCCUCGACGUUCCGACCAGCACCUCUCAGCACUCCGGGCUGAAUGUAACCGCGGCCUUGAGACAACCCCCCUCCAUGAAACACCGCCUCAGCAGUGGUAGGAUUGCGAUCUGUUUGACUUAA